UACGGCAGCGUCUUUCUUCUAGGGUUUUCUUAGGGUUUGUGCGUUCGGGAACCCGGGGGGGGGGAUAGCAUGGCCGCAUGAAUCUCAGAUCCAUCGCCGGCGCGGGAUUGCGUGGAAGCAAUCUUGACAUCGCAUCGGCAGGGAGGAAAUUUCGGGCGCUCCAUUUGCGAUGGAGAGCUUGGCGCAGCUGGAGGCCCUGUGCGACCGGCUCUACAAUUCCCAGGAUCCGGCGGAGCGAGCUCAUGCCGAGAGCACAUUGCAGUGCUUCUCGACGAAUUUGGACUACAUUUCGCAGUGUCAGCUCAUCCUAGAGAGCUCAUCGUCUCCAUAUGCGCAGCUGCUGGCAUCUUCGAGCCUUCUCAAGCAAGUCACCAAUCACACCUUGGCGCUCCAGCUGAGAAUCGAUAUCAGAAACUAUAUUUUGAGCUAUCUGGCAUCGAAAGGACAGGAGCUCCAAGCAUUUGUGAUCAUAUCCCUGAUCCAGCUCCUCUGCCGUAUCACAAAACUGGGCUGGAAUGACGACGAUAGAUUCAAGGAGAUCACCAAAGAGGCCAUGAAAUUCAUGUCUCAAGCAACAGUGGAGCACUUCUACAUUGGUUUGCGAAUCUUGAAUCAACUCGUCCAGGAGAUGAAUCAGCCAAAUCCAUGCCUCUCUCUGGCGCAUCAUCGAAAAAUUGCCUGUUUCUUUCGUGACUCGGCGCUCCUCCAGAUCUUCCAGAUUUCACUUACAUCGCUUGGCCAAUUGAAACGAGAUGCUGAUGACAGGCUCCGUCAGCAAGCCAUGGGUCUCGCUUUAAAGUGUCUUUCUUUUGACUUUGUGGGGACAUCGCAAGAUGAAAGCUCUGAGGAGCUUGGUACGAUUCAGAUACCUUCUUCGUGGAAAGGUUUGCUGGAAGAUAUGUCGACCAUCAACUUGUUUUUCGACUAUUAUGCUAUCUCAAAGCCCCCACUUUCAAACCAGGCGCUAGAAUGUCUCGUUCAACUAGCCUCUAUUAGAAGAGCUCUGUUUUCGGGCGAAACUGAGCGCAUGAAGUUUUUAUCACACUUGCUGUCUGGCACACGCGAAAUACUGAGAACUCAACAAGGACUGUCGGAGCACGUUAACUAUCAUGAGUACUGUCGCCUCCUUGGGAGGUUGAAGACGAACUACCAACUUUCCGAGUUGAUAAGUGUAGAAAACUAUAAUGACUGGAUCCGAUUGGUGGCUGAGUUCACAAUAAGGUCGUUUCAAUCUUGGCAGUGGGCCAGCGGAAGCGUAUAUUACCUUUUGGGCCUCUGGUCCCGGCUCGUCUCGUCAGUUCCAUAUCUUAAAAGUAAUUUUCCUAGUCUACUCGAUGCGUACGUCCCCAAAAUAACGGAGGCUUAUAUAACAUCACGCUUUGAUUCUGUACAGGCGAUCGUUCAAAACAAUUUGGCUGAAGAUCCUCUUGACAACGAGGAACAUCUGCAAGAUCAACUUGAUAGUCUUCCAUUUCUUUGUCGAUUUCAGUACGAGAGAUCUAGUGCUUUCAUCCUGCAAUUGCUUGAUCCAAUUCUACAAUCAUUCACGGAAGCCUCACGUGUUCCAAAUCCUGCUGAAGGUUCUCGACUUAGUAUAAUUGAAGGCCAAUUAACAUGGCUAGUUCAUAUUAUUGGCUCCAUUAUAAAGAUCAGGCAGAAUUCGGCAUCCAGUGCAGAGGUUCACGAAGUCAUAGACGGAGAACUUUCAGCACGAGUGUUUCAACUUCUCCAAGUAACGGAUUCUGGCUCGCAUGUACAGAGAUAUGGUGAACGAAGCAAGCAACGCUUAGAUAUUGCUUUACUGUCUUUCUUUCAGCAUUUUCGCAAAGUAUACGUCGGGGAGCAUUCUUCUAAGCAAUUGUAUGCUCGGCUUAGCGAACUUGGGGUGCAAGAUAAUUUAGUGGCCUUAAAUAUUAUCGUUGCGAAGAUUGCGACCGACCUCAAGUGCUACGCUCAGUGCGAGGAUGUUAUUCAACAAGCACUGAACCUUUUUCAAGAGUUGCCUACCGGAUACAUGAGUGGAAAACUUUUGUUGAAGCUGGAUGCUGUGAAUUUCAUCCUCGCAAAUCACACGAGGGAGCAUUUUUCUUUUCUGGAUGAGCCUUCCAACUCGAGGCAUCGGACGACGUUCUACUUCACCAUAGGGCGGUUGGUGUUCAUGGAGGAUUCCGUGUCGAGGUUCCGCACUGCAAUCGCCCCUUUGCAGCAGGUCUUUCUGAGUUUGGAGGCGACUCCAGAUUCGGCAUUCAGAUCCGAUGCUGUUAAAUAUACCAUUGUCGGAUUGAUGCGGGAUUUGAGGGGCAUUACAAUGGCUACAAACAGUCGGAAAACGUUUACCCCGCUAUUCGAUUGGCUGUAUCCAGCUCAUUUCUCUGUUAUUAUCAGAGCUCUUGGUCAUUGGGUAGAUACUCCAGAGGUGACGACCCCGUUGUUGAAGUUCAUGGCUGAAUUUGUCGUGAACAAGACCCAGCGCCUUACAUUUGAGUCUUCAUCGCCCAAUGGAAUUUUGCUCUUUCGAGAGAUCAGUAAGCUAUUGGUAGCUUAUGGAAAUGGAAUAAUGGCACUUCCAACGCCCUCUGACAUAUAUGCAUACAAGUAUAAGGGCAUCUGGAUAGCUCUGGUUAUUCUUACUCGAGCUUUGGGUGGAAAUUAUGUCAAUUUCGGUGUUUUUGAGCUCUACGGCGAUCCUGCUCUCGCCGAUGCGUUGGACGUAGCUUUGAAGAUGUCGUUUUCAAUACCGUUAGCCGACAUCGCCGCAUAUCGCAAGGUUGCACGAUCAUAUUAUGCUUUUUUCGAGGUUUUGUGUCACCACCAUUUGUCGGUCAUUGUGAACCUUGACACACCAACAUUUUCACAUGUUCUGGGUUCACUGGAGGCGGGUCUCAAAUCUUUAGAUGCCAGUAUUUCUUCACAGUGUGCAAGCGCUGUAGACAACAUGUCGGCAUACUACUUCACACACAUCACUCUAGGAGAGUCCCCCACCUCACCAAUGUCAAUCAACUUUGCAAGGCACAUACAGGAGCGGCCAAAUAUCUUCCCACAGCUCUUAAAGUCGCUCUUUGAAUUGGUGCUGUUUGAGGAAUGCUCCAACCAAUGGAGCAUAAGCCGACCUAUUCUGGCGUUGAUUCUAAUAAAUGAGCAGGCAUACACUGACAUCAAGAUCCAAAUUAUUGCUUCACAGCCUCCCGAUAGCCAGCAAAAGCUCCUCCUCGGCUUUGAGAAGUUGAUGACUGACGUGAACCGAACGUUGGAACCCACGAACAGAGAAAAGUUCACACAGAACCUGACCAUUUUCCGGCACGACUUUCUUGCGAAAUGAGUACAUAGUCUUCACGCAUCGAGAUUUUCUUUGGUAUAAAUACUUCCGGAAGCUCUUCUCUAAAAGUUCUGCAGUUUUGGGCGUUGGGGGCUUUCAUCGGUUCAGUUUUGUAAAUCAGGUAGUAAAAAAGUUUUCAUUCCAGCCGGGUGGCCGGGCUUGAGGGAAUUGUUACUCUCUCACUCGGUGCUCGUGCCUGAGGUAUGCAUCUUCUUUCCAUUUUCUUCUCCUUUGUUUUGUGAAUAUGGAAAUCGGAUAUUAUUGGGUA